UUUGACAUUUCUUAUUCUUUUAUGAAAGAUUCUUGUAAAAGGUUUUCUUAAGGCCGAAUUUAUGUCGAGUAGACCUUGUUGCUUUGUUGUAAAAAAUUUAAAAUUGAAUUUGUAGGGAGGGACUUAUGUCACCACAAACAGAGACUAAAGCAAGUGUUGGAUUUAAAGCUGGUGUUAAAUAUUGCCGAUUGACUUAUUAUACUCCUGAGUAUGAAACCCUAGAUACUGAUAUCUUGGCAGCAUUCCGAGUAACUCCUCAACCUGGAGUUCCACCUGAAGAAGCGGGGGCUGCAGUAGCUGCCGAAUCUUCUACUGGUACAUGGACAAGUGUAUGGACCGACGGACUUACCAGUCUUGAUCGUUACAAAGGACGAUGCUACAACAUCGAGCCCAUUGCUGGAGAAGAAAAUCAAUAUAUUUGUUAUGUAGCGUAUCCUUUAGACCUUUUUGAAGAAGGUUCUGUUACUAACAUGUUUACUUCCAUUGUGGGUAACGUAUUUGGGUUCAAAGCUUUGCGUGCUCUACGUUUGGAAGAUUUGCGAAUCCCUGUUGCUUAUGUCAAAACUUUCCAAGGCCCGCCUCACAGUAUCCAGGUUGAAAGAGAUAAAUUGAACAAGUAUGGUCGUCCCCUAUUGGGAUGCACUAUUAAACCCAAAUUGGGGUUAUCCGCUAAAAACUAUGGUCGAGCAUGUUAUGAAUGUCUUCGUGGUGGACUUGAUUUUACCAAAGAUGAUGAAAACGUGAAUUCCCAGCCGUUCAUGCGUUGGAGAGACCGUUUCCUAUUAUGUGCCGAAGCUGUUUAUAAAUCACAAGCCGAAACAGGUGAAAUCAAAGGGCAUUAUUUGAAUGCUACCGCAGGUACUUGCGAAGAAAUGAUAAAAAGAGCUGUAUUUGCUAGAGAGUUGGGAGUUCCAAUCGUAAUGCAUGACUACUUAACAGGUGGAUUCACUGCAAAUACUAGCUUGUCUCAGUAUUGCCGAGACAAUGGUCUACUUCUUCACAUCCACCCGACGUAGCAAAUCCUUGAGUCAAA